CGUGAAAUUAGAGUACUACUACUGCAACAAGUGAAUUAAGAGAGUUAGAAUUAAUUUUAAAGCUCUCUAAUUAAAAGCCAUGCCGAUCCGUAACAUUGCAAUUGGAAGGCCUGAAGAGGCUACUCAUCCAGAUGCUUUGAAGGCUGGGUUGGCCGAGUUCAUUUCCACGUUGAUUUUUGUUUUUGCUGGCCAAGGUUCCGGCAUAGCCUUCAGUAACGUUACCUUUGGUGCCUUCGUCGGUGGUAACAUCACCCUCCUACGUGGUAUCAUCUACUGGAUUGCUCAACUCCUUGGAUCCGUCGUGGCUUGCUUGCUCCUUAAAUUCGUCACCGGCUUGCCCACCGGAAGCUUCGCUCUAUCAGCUGGAGUUGGUGAACUAAACGCCUUUGUUUUCGAGAUCGUGAUGACAUUCGGAUUGGUAUACACGGUGUACGCGACCGCAGUGGAUCCCAAGAAGGGUAGUUUGGGAACUAUUGCACCCAUCGCAAUCGGUUUCAUUGUCGGAGCCAACAUUUUGGCCGGCGGAGCCUUCACCGGAGCUUCCAUGAACCCGGCCGUGGCCUUCGGCCCAUCGGUGGUGAGCUGGGAUUGGAGCAGCCACUGGGUCUACUGGGCCGGACCUCUGAUCGGAGGUGGGCUUGCUGGGCUCAUCUACGAAUUCAUCUUCAUUUCCAACACCCACGAGCAGCUCCCAACCACCGACUACUAAGUCAACAACCACCACCAACGGCGGCGGCAACGGCGGCCACUUUCUUCCGUUUAAUUUGGUGUAUUUGGUUUUUUGUUAAUUUUCUUUUAUCGGACGGGUUUGAUCGUGUCUCAUUUGUGACCGUUGAUCUUUUCAUGAUUUGAUCAUCAUCAUCAUCAUCUUUAAUUUGUGGUCGUCGUUGUGUGCCGUGCCUGGACUCACGAUGAUUUGAUUGAAGAUGAUAAUCAGGGCCAGGUUGUAAUUUAUGUUAUUCUGCUCCUGUCUGUACGUGAUUUAUUUUCAAGUCUUUUUUUCUUUUUCUUCUUUGUCCAUUUCGAUAAUUUUCUAAAUUUAAGAUUUUCUUUUGCUCCUUUCUA